AUGUUACGGCGGGAAGUUAACCCAACCAGUCUUCCUGAAUUCUGUACCAGUACAAAACCUGUUCACCGCCAAGUUGAACCAUCGUCAUGUUUGAUUUUCUCCGUCACAAUUGUGAAGGGUUACAACAUAACCAAAGGAUAUAAUCUGUGGCCCAGUCUCUUUCGUAAGUCGGAUCCUUCUAUAAAACUGACCAUCGGGAAGGCACUUAAUGGUACACAGCGAACCAAACAUUUUAACAUUGGCGCCAAUCCAGAAUGGAAUAAGACUUUCGAUUUCUUCCUCGACCCAUCUGCCGAUCACGAAUUGGAAAUAUCGUUAAGAGUUCCUAACUUCUUAUCAGGCGAAACUAUCUCAAAGAAGAAGAUAAAGAUAUCCAAGGAGUCUAAGGAAAGGUUUCAUGAAAAAAUACAGUUCAGUAAGGAGUCCGCAGUUGACAUAGAAAUGUCGUCAAAGCCUAGCAACAAUUUAAAGCAGAGAUACAGUGAUGCUCUUUGUGAUGAUGAAAAACGUUUUAUCGAAGAAAGACGAAAGUGUGUUUUUCAGGCCAUGCAGGAUAUUCUUGGAGAUGAGGCUCCUCGCACUAUCAAAGAGGUUCCGACAAUAGGGGUGCUAGGUUCUGGUGGUGGAUUCCGUGCUUUGACGGCUUCUAGUGGAGUGAUGGGUGCCCUUGUGGAGUCUAGGAUAUCAGACAUGGUCAUUUAUAACGCAGGACUUUCAGGCUCGGCUUGGUACUUGUCUACUUUGUACUCACACCCUGACUGGCCUCAGAAAUCUCCACGUGAACUUCGUAAUGAGUUACGGGACAGUAUCGGCUACAGUCUAUUCUGGAAGCUCAAUCCAUUUGGCUUAUGGCGGUACUGGAAAAGAGUAAAUGCAAAGCGUGAUCAGGGACAGCCAGUCAGUUUAACAGAUUACUACGGUCUUUUCAUCGGUGAAACUCUCCUACAAGGGGUAAUAUAUUCGUUAGUUUACAUAAAGUAUAUUUACAGAAUGGCUGAAGCUCUAUAAUGAUCACUUAGGCAAUAUUU